AUGGUUUAUAUGCAACCUGCCAAUUUCAAUACGCCUGAUGACAAUAUUGGUGCGAGUAAAGACUCAGCUUUAUUGAAAAAAACAUAUCCGGUAGUACAAUCCAACAGUAACACCGAUGAAAGGAGAGAUGAUGAGCUUCAAGAUUUUAAUGCAGAGUCUAUCAAUUCAAGAAAACAUUUCAAGAGUUUUCUAAAAAAAAGAAAAGUAUCAGAAAAACACGAUGGUGGGAGAAAACACAAGGUUUUACAGAAAAAAGAAGACAAAAUUCAAGAUUUAACGUCAGAAUUUAUUCAUUCAAGACAAUGUAUUUUAAAAAAUGGUAGCGUACCAGUAAAACGCGACAAUGGAAAAGAAACUAUGGCUGCCAUAAUAACAGAUUUGAAGGAGUCAAUAAAACGCGAAAUUUUAAAUGACUCAAAAUUAGAAAUCAUUAUUCGAAAUCACAUUGAAGAUUUAAUGUCCGAAAUCGUUCAGGAAAUUGUUCAGAAAUAUUUAAUGGAAUCUUCCGAUUACUUGAUAAAAAAUAUUGGUGGUCAAGAAAAACGCAAGACGGACGAAAUAAAUAUAAACAAAACAUUAACCGAGUUAAAGGAUAUACAGCAAAAUAAUGAUUUUAUUCCUUCUGCUCCACCACUUCCCCAAACUCUACCAACUCUACAAAAAACAGAAAAUAAUAUUAAAAACAAAGGUAAGGUUGAUAGACCAGCAGGUCUACCAAAAAAUCUUAUAGAGGAAAUCAAACGCGGCGUGAAAUUGAAGCCGGUGAAGCCAGUAGUUUCAGUAAUAGAAAAUCCAAAAAUAAACGAAAAUGAUUUUGAAAGAAUGAACCCAUUAGGUAUUCCAAUGUUUCGUCGGGCAAGUAUGAUGUCGAGCAGUUCUAGCUCCGAUACGUCAUCGGAAUACUUUUCUCUAGAUGAAUGGGAUAACUAAAUAAAAAUUAAUCGAAAAGUAAAGCUUGAAUAAACAAUGGCAAGUGGUAAUUAAUAAGUCAACCGCUCCUGAGCAUAGUUAGUGUGUAAUCGAAGAGUGAUCAAGAUGAGCUGAGGUUACCGGUUUGUCUAAAACGAACAGACAACCGGAUCAUACCUUGACUUUGUACUUUCUAUGUUUUUAAAACCAAUUGCUAACAGUAAUGUUGGAGGUUUUUGAGAGAAAUUUUUUAAUUAAAAACUUAAUAUUAUUAUCCAGGCUAAUAUUUUCGAAUUAUUUUUUUUUGUCUACAAUGUAUUAU